AAAUAAGAAAAAAUGGAAGGCAGUGGAGAAUAGCGGAACACAAAUCUAUCCAUCCCAUAGGUUUCUCCAUUUUCUCUCUCUAGAUUCCCUUUUAUCUCUCACUGUUAUUCCAUAUAUUUAUAUAUUUAUUUCUAUUUAUAAAUAUCAAAUCUCGGAUCACUUUCUUUGAAUACCAACUAGCAAAAUUAAAAUCCCAGCUUUGUCUACGAGCUCUAUAAUCUGAUUAGGGUUUGGGGUUUCAGAUCUAGGGUUUUGAUUGACAUUUUUAGGGUUUACGGUGUCGAGCUGGGUUCGUAAUGGCGACUCCGUUCCCCUUUCAUGUCACUGCUGCUCAGGUUGGGGCAUACUUCGUGGGGCAGUACUACCAGGUUCUUCAGCAACAGCCAGACUUUGUUCACCAGUUCUACUCUGAUGCCAGCACUGUGCUUCGCGUUGACGGCAACACCAGAGAGACUGCUUCGGCAAUGCUGCAAAUCCAUACACUUAUCAUGUCACUCAAUUACACUGGCAUUGAAAUCAAGACAGCACAUUCCCUGGAAUCUUGGAAUGGAGGUGUUCUUGUGGUGGUUUCAGGUUCUGUCCAAAUUAAGGAUUUCAGUGGCAGAAGGAAAUUUGUGCAAACUUUUUUCCUUGCACCUCAGGAGAAAGGCUUUUUUGUUCUUAAUGAUAUUCUUCACUUCAUUGAUGAGGAUCUGAUUCAGCAGCAUCCGGCAGCUUUACUAGCUCAGAGCAGUCUUGAUUCCAGGUUGAAUGCUUCUAACACUAUUCCAGAGCCAGUAUCCAACUACAUGCUGGGUGGAGAGAUCCAAGCAAGGGAGUUUGUGGCUCCUGUGAAUGUCAUGGAGAAUGGUCCAGUUGACAGAUACAGUUUUCCAGAGCAACGGUUGCAGCAAGUCACUGAGACUGACAACAUUCCGGAGGACAAUUCUGGGGAGGAUUCAAAUGGUUCGCUUCAGAAUGUGAUGAACACUUUACAAGACCUCCCCCCUGCUCCUGUUGAUGAACCUGUUGGAGAGCCUCAAAAACACACUUAUGCUUCCAUUUUGAGGGUUGCUAAAGGACAAUCUGUGCCAUCAGUCUCUCCUCAGUCAUAUAAUAACAAGAGCAUGCCACCUGCUUCAGAAUGGCAUCAUAUGCCGCAGCCCAGUAAUGAACAAUCAGUUGCAUCAUCGGUUAUGUUUGAAAAGCCUGCAUCAGAGGUAGCAGAGGAGGUUUCAGGAGUAGAAGAUGAAGGUGAAAUAAAGUCUGUCUACGUGAGAAACUUGCCAUCUACUGUAUCUGCUUCUGAAAUUGCUAAGGAAUUUAAGAAUUUUGGUAGACUCAAGCCUGAUGGUGUGGUAAUUCGGAACCGAAAGGACAAUAUUGGUGUUUGCUAUGCAUUUGUUGAAUAUGAAGACAUUUCUGGUGUUCAGAAUGCAAUCAAGGCAUCUACCGUACAGAUUGCUGGACGACAAGUACACAUUGAGGAACGGAGAGCAAACAGCAAUAACUUAUCUCGAGGAGGAAGAAGGGGAAGAGGCAGGGGGAGCUACCAGUCAGAGGCACCAAGGGGGCGAUAUGGUGCUCGGACGUUUGGUAGGGGAAAUGGUCAAGAUGGAGGUGACCGAGACUAUAACAGACCAAGAGGAAGUGGUCAAGAUGGAGGUGAGCGAGACUAUAACAGACCAAGAGGAAAUGGUUUCUAUCGGCCUAGUGCGCGACAAGACAGAGGAUUCUCAGGGAACCAAGUAUCAAGAGACAGUCUGAACAUAUCAGAGUUGUCAACUUAGACCUUCCCGGGUUUUUUGGGCCAAGUUCCCUCAUCUGAGCACAUUCACCUUUUAUUGCCAUGAACUUCAAUAUUGAUAUUUUUACAAUGUUUCAGUUAGAUGCGUUGGGAAGAGGCAACACAUCUUUUUUGGGGUUUUCUUAAUGCUUUAUUUUCCUAAUUAAAGAGGGAAUGUUUUUGCAAUUUUGAGCCUUCCAUGUCUGAGGUCAAAUUUAUAAUUGUCCUGUUCUGUCUGAUGAAGUCCUGAGUUGGAUAUAUAAAUUUUAUUUAUGCUAAUUUUAAAUUCAAUGUUUAACAUUUCAAGUU